CCAACAAUGUGAUGCGUACACAUAUAGCCAUGUACGUGUAGACUCUGACACGCGAGCAUUGUGACUAGAAGGAUAAACAGAAGUUUGUCUACGGGAGCUAUAAACGGGCAAUAUGGAGAGGAGGAAAGCCACGGGAGAAUACCACGGCAUCCCUGUAUCCAAAAUGUAGACUACAUUUUAUGGGAAGGGCGGCACGUUUACUUCGCUAAUUGGAAAAGUUACAAAAUAUACAAUGAUUAUCAAUGGGUCUUAUCUGAACAGGUCGUCGCUGGACCCGUACGAGGAAGUGCUGAAUCGCCCUCCGUGGGUUACUACAACUUUGGGGUGCUUCCUCAUAUUCACUAUAGUGGUUGAUAUUUUGGGCAACCUUUUGGUGAUAUUCUCUGUCUACCGGAAUAAGAAGCUAAGGAAUGCAGGCAACAUCUUUGUGGUAAGCCUGGCUGUGGCCGACCUGGUGGUGGCCAUCUACCCAUACCCUCUGGUCCUCACCUCCAUCUUCCACAAAGGCUGGAACCUGGGCUAUGUCCACUGCCAGAUCAGCGGUUUUCUCAUGGGCGUCAGCGUCAUUGGCUCCAUCUUCAACAUCACCGGCAUUGCCAUCAACCGCUACUGUUAUAUAUGUCACAGCCUUAAGUACGACAAGCUGUACAGUGACAAGAACUCAGUGUGUUACGUCCUACUCAUCUGGGCAUUGACCAUUGUGGCCAUCGUGCCGAAUCUCUUCGUGGGUUCGUUGCAGUAUGACCCCAGGGUGUAUUCGUGUACGUUCGAGCAGUCGGCGAGUUCGGCAUACACUAUCGCCGUGGUCUUCUUCCACUUCAUCCUACCGAUCAUGAUCGUCACCUACUGCUACCUGAGGAUCUGGAUCCUGGUCAUUCAAGUUAGGCGACGGGUCAAACCGGACAAUAGACCAAAACUGACGCCAAACGACGUGAGGAACUUCGUGACUAUGUUUGUGGUGUUUGUGCUGUUCGCCGUGUGCUGGGCACCGCUCAACUUCAUCGGGCUGGCGGUGGCCAUCAACCCAGAGGUGGUGGUGCCUCUCAUCCCCGAGUGGCUCUUCGUGGCGAGCUACUUCAUGGCCUACUUCAACAGCUGCCUUAAUGCCAUCGUGUACGGGGUGCUCAACCAGAACUUCCGGCGCGAGUACAAGCGCAUCGUGGUGUCGGUGUGCACGGCGCGAAUCUUCUUCCACGGCAGCUCCAAUGACGCGGCCGAGCGGCUCAAGAGCAAGCCUUCGCCGCUCAUCACCAACAACAACCAAGUCAAGGUGGAGUCGGUGUGAGAGGACCAGCUGGUCCCAGUACCCUCCCUACCCCUCCCCCAUGGCGCGAACCCUUCGAUGUCUAUACAUCUGUAAAGUGGAAACCAGCAAUAUGGCGGAAGCUCAAGCUUCACCAUUUUGCUCCUUGUACCUAUCCAGUACACUGCAGAUCUAUAAACAUCGGAGGGGUAAAGGAGCCCAGGGGAAGGGGUAGGGAGCGAUUUGGGACUGGGUGAUACUAACACAUAGACACACACAUGGACAAAGGGGGAGGGGGGAUUAAGGGAACCAAUGUGACAUAAAAGAGUUAAAUUAGUUUUAAAAAAUACAAGUGAACGGAGAAAACUUUCCGGACCGUCCGUGAUCUGUGCUAUCUUCACCUCUAUACAAUCAAAGCGAAAUGGGGAAAAUGUAUCUGUCUUUUGCAAAAAUCACUUUUGUUAAUUUUUCGAUACCUAAAAAAUAUAUAAUGUACUUUGUUUUCAUGUUUACAGUGAUGAUAACAGUGACUCUAUGUAAGACAUAUUAUAUGUUUUAUUUUGUAUGAAGUAUAUGUUAUAUAAAUAUACAAGAAUAUAUAUCAGGUUCAUUUCACCAACAUCGAUAAUCCGAUGAAAGAAAAUGACUAAGGUUGCAAAAUUCCUGUAAUUACUCAAAAGUUCCUGGGUUUUUCAGAAAUUCCAGUUGGAAUAUUCCCAGAAUCAGGAGGGAAUAAACAGGAACCUUCCAACCAAGAUGUAUGGAAAACUGGGAACAUUAGUGGAGUUCCCUGAAUUUUGCAAACCUACAAAUGACAAAUAUAUCAUGCCAUGAAAGCCAGAACAUUUCUGCAAUGUCUGGUCACAGACAUAACCAAAAGUGUUUUACAGAUUUUACCGAUGUUAAUUAUCAUUUAUGUUGGGGUGUGACGCUGUUACACUCCUUCCUUUUGGAGGGGGAAGCAACAUGUUUGGAUUGCUGCUUGUUUCACAAUGCCCUGCGGAACUGUUUCCAUCGUUCGGUGGAAUAAAUAUGUUUUGUAAGCAUGGGAUUUCUUUCUGACUCACUUCUCAUUCCCUUUCUGUCUCUUUCUCUAUAUAUCUCUGUGAGCUCUUUGUAUGCAUGGAUCUGAGGAAUCGUUCAUAUGAAAAAUAAAGGAUCAGAUGUAGA